AUGGUUGAAGUUUAUUCUGGAAGAGAAAGUUAUAGUGAUGCUGGUAUAACGAAAGGUGUUGAACUUCAUACAGUAGAAGGAUUUGAUAUUAAACAACAUGAUGGAAUGUUAAUGCAACGAUUAAAUCUGGAUGAUGGAAUUUCAAGUACUCCAAGUAGUUAUAGUUCAACAGAUGAAAAUAAAAAUUCAAUUUUAAAAAAUGUAGCUGGUGCUGUAUUGAUAAAUGCUAGUACUGUUAAUGCUUUUUCAAAUAAUGUAAACAUUGCCACAACAGGUCAUAAUCUUGGAAGAAUAUUAGCAUGGGGUUGUACAAUAGUAUAUUGUAGUUCAAGAUGUCCACAAUUAUAUAAGAAUUAUAAAAGAAAAUCAGUUGAUGGUAUAUCACCAUUAUUAUUUGGUUCAGCACUUUUAGGUAAUUUAACUUAUACUUUAUCCAUCUUAACAAGUUGUUCAUUUGUAUUACUGGAAAAUAGAUCAAGUUUUUUAUUGGAAGAAUUACCAUAUAUCUUAGGUAGUUCUGGUACAAUUAUUUUUGAUGCAGCAUAUUUUUAUCAAAAACAUUUAUAUAAAGAUAGUGGAAUUAAUACUUCUACAACUAUUCCAGAACCUUCAAUUAAACCACAUACUUUCACUCCAUCAAUACGGCAUGACCCAUUCAAUUCGACUAUUAAUCCAUUAAAUUUACCAUUAAAUACAAAACCUCAUCCAUUAUCACAAAUGAAGUUGGAAACUAUAAGUAACUUAAGUAGAAAAGAACUAAUCCAUUUGAAUCAAAUAAGUUAUGGAGAUGUUGCUGAAAAAGCAGAAUUAUGUUUUAAAUUAUCAAAUCUUUUCACAACUUUACCUGAUUCAAAACAAAUUUCUUGGAUAUAUAAUUCUAUAAAAGAUGAAGAAAUGAAAAAUGUUUUAUCUAAAAAUAUAUAUGAGAAGUCAUGUGCUUUGAAUUUUCUUAUUGAUCCAACUAACCAUAUAACACACUCGGAGUUUAUUAAAAGUAUCAUAUCAAUUUUGAAUGAUGAAAAAUCUGAAAAAUCUGCUCGACUAUUGUCGUUAUUUUCAAAUAUUGCCAACACUGAAAUGAUCAAUAGUAAACCUAUUCUACUAAAUACAUCAAUUUUCAAAAAUUUACUCAGCAUUAUUGAAGAGAAAUAUCAUUCAUCCUUAUUUUCAUACAUGAUUCAUAUUAAUUUUCGUCCUAAGUCCUCGAAAAUGUUUACCAAAUUUAAAAACCAACUACUCAAAGGUUCAGAAAUAUCAAAAUUUGUAGCUCUUACUGGUUAUAUAAAUCCAAAAUGGUUAGAUUUAAAUAAAACAGAAUUUAAUCCAAUUCAUUCACAAAGAAUUAUCGAUUCAUUCACAAUGAGAGAAUUAAAACAAUCAACUGAUUAUUUUAUUUCAACAAAUGAACCAGCAAAAUCAUCAUUAUUUUUAAAUUUCAUGAUACUAAAAUUAGAAAAAAUAAGUAAUUUAAAACCAGUUGUUGAAGAAAUUCAAUUAAUUCUUAAAACUAUAAUUAAAUUAGUUAUGAAAUUUAAAGAUACAUUUAAUGGAAUUGAAAUUUUAAAACAUAUGUUAAAAGAAAAUAUAAAAAUUGAAUUUGAUUUAUAUUUAUCUAUUUUUCGUCAUUUAAGAAGUAAUAAUCAAUAUGAUGAAUUUAUUACAUUAUUAAAUGAAAUAGAAUUAAAUAAAUUAUCAAAAUUUGAAAAACAAUUAAUGGUUAAUGAAAUUAUAUUAUUAAUUAAAGCUAAAUUUCCAACAUCUCCAAAAGUUAUGUUUGGAUAUAUUGGUGCAUUAUUUAAAAAUGGACUUAAGAAAUUAAAUGAUUUAGGAAUUUUAAGUUUUACUUAUGAAUCCACUAUAGCUAGUACUAUUUCAUCAACUGAUGUUGUACAGAUAGCAAAUAUUGAUGCUGAUUUGAAAUGUAAUAAACUCAACUCUGAUAAUCUUGCUCAAGUUUAUGAUGUUUUAUUUAAUUCCAUACCUGAGAUUGAUGCUGCUACAAUUAUGCAAUAUUAUAAAAAAUUUAUACCUUGUGAGGAAUUUCAAUCGAGUGAUGCUAUUAUAACGAUCUUUUUAAAUCAUUUAUUAUAUGAUGAAUUUGGCGAUAAAAAAUACUUGACUCGAAUGUUAGUCAACUAUCAAUAUGCUAAACAAAUCUUCAAUGAUUAUAUGCAAAAAAAUUUGAAAAAGAUAGCAUCAAAAAAUUUGGAACUUUUAGUGGAAAUUGCUUUAAAAAAUUUUAAUGAUUUUGAAUUUGCAACUCAAGUAUUACAACAAAGUGAUACAGUAACAUCCAAACAAAUUUUUUUAUUUUUUGAAAAAUUUAAAAAAGAUGGUGAUGAAUUAAGAUCCAAAAUAUGGUUGGAUCAAUUAAAAUCAGUUGGAUUGGGAAAAACAAAUUCAUCAAGAAAAAUAUCAAAUGCUUUAGAUCUGAAAGAUGCUUAUAUCUAUAAAUGGAAUUUGACCAAAAAGAAAAGACAAGAUAAAUUAGCAAUAAUGAAGUUGAAUAAAGAUAACUUAAUGCUUAAUAAUGUAAACGAAAUAGGUGUAUAG